CCGCUUUCCGUCUGUGGCGGUGGCUUGCCCUAACGCUAGUCCUAUUUAACUCAUCACGUGACUACAUCAGCCACACUCGUCAGAUGGGGAAAGUCACGUGAGAAUCUCAUCCUCCUCGACUUUUUCUGGGAUUUUUCGACUUCGACUUCGACUUCAACCUCGACAUCGCGACUUUUGCGCCUCUCUAGGUCUCUUUUGUACGUUUACGACGCUCGUUGUCUCUCGUUUGUCUCUUUGUGCUGUUGUCAGUCGUUUCUCUCGCCGCAGCCAGGCCGCCUGCUCAUCCUGCUGCAUCUCCACCGCAGGAUCCAAGGGGAAAGUUAGAUCUAGCCAACUUCUCGUCUCUUUCCCCCCCUGCGAGAUCGUCCGUAUUUUCCUGGCCCUUCAGCUCUGGUUCAGCCUGGGGCAUCUCCUUUCUCUGCGUUAAGGGCCGACAGCUCGCGGACGACUCUGCCGUUCAUUAUUAUACUCGCUUUUCUCCUGUUUACGACCGAUCCCGCCUGUGGUACGGCGGCAUAUAGACGGACCCGGAUAGACGCCCGCCAGGCAGACCUGCAGAUAGACACAAGAUAGAAAGUCGAAGGGAACAAGGAAUACGCUGGAAUGCGAUGAGUACGAUAUCUGCCGCUGUACCGGACUCGCCCCCCGAUCUGUCGGGGUCGAAAUCGUCAAAGUCGUCCUCCUUCCACACGUCCUCGCACCAGUCCAACCCCGAUGGCGUGUUUGCGGACAUCUCCAACUUCGAGGACAUCGCGCUGGAAGAUGACCUGGUUGCGCAGUUCGGCAGUGAUGCCCUAGACCACCGCCACUUCGACCAGGGACCGUAUCCCGUGCGGUCGACGAGCGUGCCGGGCAAGAAACAGAGCCUCAGGCACAAGCAGCACCACCCGAAGAGCCUGCACAGCAAGAACCCAGAGGCGGUGGCCCGCACCAAGAGCAACACCGCAGUCAUGACCAUGAGAGACCUGACCGGCCCUGCUAGCAGGCAGAGCAGUGGCGUGGGCGGUCCUCAUGGCAGUCAUCACGCUGCUACCACCCACAAUAAUAAUAACAAUGGCACCUACGGCCGCCGCGGAUUCGCGCAGUCCACUCCCCACGUCAAUGGCAUGAACCAAUCUAUGCAAGCACUAUCUAUACAGCCACCGUCGGGCAGACGAGCGCUGAGCAGCACGUCUGACCCUUCUCUACUCCUCGCUCCAUCUAGAAGCAGACAAAAGCAGCAGCAGCAGCAGCAGCAACAACAACAGUCCCGCUCCCCUUCACCUAGCGGUAGUGGCAGGAGUCGGUCGAGGAGCCGCCCCCCUCCUCCGUUUGCCCGUGGUGACUCUGGCGUGUCCGGCCCUUCCACUGCUUCUAUUUCUCGACCUCCGUCGCGACAGCCGAGUCGUAAGUCGGUCAAGGAGCUAGAGGAAGAGUAUCAUGACUCGGAUGAGGAUCUCCCCGAGGACGCCACACUAUGGAAUGUCCCCAUAUCUCCACGCCCGCAGGACGAGCGUCCGAGAGGCCGGGACAGCAGUCGCUCGCAGAGCCGCAGUCCAGGUCCGAGACCAAUUCCCUUACAUGAUUCCGCGCCACAGCUUCCUUCUUCUCGAUCGACCUCCCCGCCUCCUGGCAGCGCUACGCCAAAAUACAGACCAAAACACAGGCGGGGCCGGUCACGGUCCAUGGGCCCCAGCCCGCGAGUGUCCCGAGGCAUCGCCAGUCCAGCUCCCUCGCCAGACCGUCGGGGUCCCAAAGCCAACACCUGGAAUGUAGUCAUGUCGGAGCUCUCGGAGGAAGCCAGGAUCAUCACCGAAGCAUUGGAGUUUCAUGCUGAUGAAGCUGCGCGGGACCACGAGGCCAGAGUGCAGGCCGGGCUGAAGCCGAGGCCAGUACCAAGUGGGAAACGAGCUUCAGGCGGGAUGAUUGAGCUUCCGCCGCUGCAGAGGCCGAAUAUCAUGAUUGAUCCGCUGCCGAUAAGCAAGGAGAAGGAGAAGGUUCUGUCUCGGACACGGCCCAGCUGGCUGCCUCCGAAGGACCAGAAGGAAGAAAAGAAGCAUCUCAAGGAGUAUAAGCGGAUGAUGGCUUUAUCCAGAGAAGCCGACAAACGGCGGGCGGCGGAAGAAGCUUCGGCGCAAUGCAAGAGAGACGACACUCGCAAGAUGCUGCAGCGCAUCUGGGACGACUAUGUGUUCCCGGACUGGGACAGGGUGAUUGCCGAACCCCGAACACGAGAGCUAUGGUGGCGCGGUAUCACGCCUCGGUCUCGCGGGGCGGUGUGGCAGCGAGCCAUUGGCAACGAGCUGGCCCUGACGGAGGAGUCGUUUGUCAAGGCGCUUGAGCGGGCCGAGCAGCUCAGAAGCAAGACGGGUGACGGGUACAAGUGGGCGCAUGAGCGGUUUGCAGCCAUUCGCAAAGACGCAGCCAGUGCCUUUCCUGCGCUGAACGUGUUUGCAGAAGGUGGACCGCUGCAUGAUAGUCUGGUGCAGGUGCUGGAUGCGUAUGCCAUGUACCGCAGCGACGUAGGCUACAUCCACGGCCUUCACGUAUGUUUCUUUACCUCACCGUGUUAAUGAUGUGUGUUCAUGUACUAACAGUUGCUAGACCAUCGCUGCUGUUCUACUACUGCAACUCCACACGGCCUCCGCCGCCUUCCUGACUCUGGCCAACGCCCUCAACCGCCCCGUAGCCCUGGCCUUCCUGACGUCUGACCCCGGAGCCACCGCCCGAGCAUACAGUCUGGCCUCUGCAACGCUGCGUCUCAAGUUCCCUCGCCUGUCGACGCAUCUAUGCGAGAACCUGUGUCUGUCCGACUCGCAGAUCUGGGAGCCCAUGUUCCGCUCGCUGUUCACGAACGGGCUGGAUGUCGACCACGUCUCGCGCAUCUGGGACUGCUGGGUGUUUGAAGGCGACCGCAUCCUGUUCCGGGCCGGCGUGGCGGUGCUGGGGUGCCUGGAGACGCAGCUGCUGGGCCUGGUGCCGGGCGAGGAGGGCCAGCGAGGUGCCGUCGACGUGCUGGGCUGGGGCUCGAAGCGGCUGAUGAGAAGAGGCCGGAGCCGGUCGGCGUCAGAUACGAGCAGCGAGGCGGCGGCGGAGAGCAAGCUGUACUGGUCUCUGGGGACUCAGGGGACCGACGCCUUUAUGCAGCUUGUCAGGGAGGCAGGACGGUGACCUGAUCUUCUCUUCUUCUUUUCUUCUUCUUCUUUCGUUUUGUCAUCCUGUACAUCAGCUAGUCUAAUAUUAAUCUGCAAUAAUCAGUGCUUAAUACAUCUUCUUCCAUUCUAUCUUAUAUCUUAUAUCUUAUAUCUGAUAUCUCGUCUAUCCCUGUCGUCCAUCCCGGAGUCGCGGAAAAACAAAGAUCCGGCCGCGUCGCUUUGGCUGCCUUCGAAGCUCC